AUGCAUCCUCCAGCUACCAACGUCCAAUCGCUGCUCAUCGCAGCGGCGAUUUGCAGCCUCUUGCUUGUCGCCUCCCAUGCAUCACCACUGCAACGGCCUCAACCGGCAGGCGGUAGUGUCCUUGCGACCUGCACGCCGCACGAGAGGGAAGCUCUCCUGGGUUUCAAGCAAGGCAUCACCAGCGACGAGGCAGGCGUCCUAGACUCCUGGCGGCAGGACGGUGACGACUGCUGCCGUUGGAGAGGCGUCCGGUGCAGCAACCGCACCGGCCACGUGCUCGAGCUUCGGCUCGGCAACGAGCACGCCAACUACUUUAGCUCUGGGGACACGCUCCUGGUCGGCCAGAUAAGUCGCUCUCUGCUUGCCUUGGAGCGUCUGGAGCACCUCGAUCUGAGCUGGAAUUCCGUCGAGGGGUCUGAUGGCCGUAUUCCGGAGUUCUUGGGCUGUCUCAAGAACCUCGAGUAUCUUGACCUCUCUGGCAUAUCUUUCAUUGGCAGUGUGCCUUCCCAGCUCGGCAACUUGUCCGAAUUGCGGUAUCUCGAUCUUUCUUACAUGACAUUUUUGAACCCAAGGGAUGUGUCAUGGCUGACACGUCUGCCAUUAUUACAGUAUUUGAACCUUAAGAUGGUAAACCUCGGCGAGGUGGUUGACUGGUCUCUUGUGGUGAGCAUGAUCCCUUCUCUGAGGGUCCUUGAUCUAUCGUAUUGCUCACUUCUAAGCGCAAACCAAUCGGUCCUGUACCGUAACCUUACAAAUCUCCAGGAGCUCGAUCUCUCUUGGAACUACUUUGACCACCCAAUUGCAUCUGCUUGGUUUUGGAACAUAACAAGCCUCAAGAACCUCAAUCUAGGAUCGACCUAUAUGUACGGUCGCUUUCCCGGCAAAGCGCUGGGAGACAUGGCAUCACUAGAAGUCCUUGAUUUUUCAGGCUAUGCUCAAACGAGCAAGGGCAUCAUGAUACCAAACUUGAAGAAUCUUUGCGGUUUGAAAAUCCUAAACCUUGGUCAUAGUCUGUUGCAUGAAGUUGCAACUGAUGAGCUGUUUGAGAAUCUACCCAACAAAUUGCAGGAACUGUACCUAUCAGGCAACAAUGUCCAUGGGAUGUUACCAAUUUGGAUAGGGCAAUUAACCAGCUUGGUCGUUCUUGAUCUCAGCCAGAACAACCUCACUGGACCUCUCCCAGUAUCUGUAGGUCAUUUGACUAGUUUAACUACGCUUACCUUGGCUCGCAACCGCUUGACUGGACAUGUUCCUGUUGAGAUAGCGAUGCUCACUAAUUUGACCAACUUUGACCUAAGCCACAAUGACUUGGAUGGUGUAAUCAGAGAGGAGCACUUUGAUAGUCUAAAGAAGUUGGAGUACAUAGAUUUAUCUUCUAAUUCCCUGAGGAUUGAGAUCAGUUCGAAAUGGAAACCUCCUUUCAGACUUUGGUAUGCCGAUUUUUCAACUUGCCAAAUGGGUCCUACAUUUCCUGCCUGGCUGCAGUGGAUGGUGGACAUCAAAGAGCUUCACAUCUCAAGCACGGGUAUAAGUGACAGGAUUCCACACUGGUUCUCUAGUGCCUUUUCCAAAGCGAUAUUUUUGAAUGUCUCAAAGAAUAACCUCGGUGGAGGUUUGCCAGCAAAUUUGGAAUUCAUGUCAGUGGUAAAUCUUGAUCUCAAUUCUAACCAAUUGACUGGUCAUAUACCCCCAUUUCCAGAAAAUUUAACCUCCAUGGACAUCUCCAUGAACUCGUUAUCAGGACCUCUACCUGCAAAUUUUGGACCUAACCUUAUAGAAUUGUUCCUGUUCAAUAAUCGCAUCAGUGGACAUGUUUCUGACUCUAUUUGCAAAUCUGAAGGGUUGACAAACUUAGAUUUAGCUGACAAUCUGCUUGAAGGAGAACUGCCCCAAUGCUUUGGGAACAGAGUGAUUAUGUAUUUAGAUGUAAGUAACAAUAGUUUUUCUGGAAGGAUCCCGUCAUCUAUGCAAGACUGCACAGAGCUGCAUGUCUUGGACUUAUCAAGAAACAAGUUCUCUGGAAGAUUGCCUGAUUGGAUUGGUAAAUUCGUGAGAUUACAAUUUUUACGGAUAAGUCACAAUAUGUUCUUUGGGAGCAUUCCAAUUAACAUUACAAAUCUUCAAUGCCUUCAAUACAUGGAUACAGCUAACAAUAGUAUAUCAGGUUCUUUACCUAGGGACCUAUCAAAUUUAAGCGCACUGAGAAAUAUAUAUCCUUCAGACUUUUGUUCCAAAGGUACAAUUACAGAGGAUCCUUCUAGUUUAUCUACAUUUCUGAAAGGGCAACAACUCAACUAUGGUUCCAUUGCAAGAAUAAUUUUUUUGAACAUGAAGAUCAUCGACUUAUCUUUAAACAAUUUAACUGGUGAAAUUCCAGAAGAAAUAGCCACUCUUCAUGCAUUGGUGAAUCUAAAUCUCUCGCAGAAUCACUUCAGUGGAAACGUUCCAAGCAGGAUCGGGGCCAUUCAGUCACUGGAAUCACUUGAUCUCUCCAGGAACAAUCUUUCCGGUGAAGUCCCAGCAAGCCUGUCAAAUUUAACGUUUCUGAGUUACUUGGACUUGUCAUACAACAACUUGGAAGGACCAAUACCAUCCGGAUCACAACUUGACACCCUAUAUGCAGCAAAUCCAACUAUGUACACCGGCAACAUCGGUCUUUGUGGGCCUCCUCUUAAAAAGAAUUGUUCAAGCAAUGAUGCAUCAAGGGAAGGUAACUCAGGAAGAACCGAAGGUCAUAUGACAGACUUCUUUAACCUGGGACUUGGAUGUGGUUUCAUAGUCGGUAUAUUGGUGGCUUUCAGUGCCCUGCUAUUCAAGGAUGAAUGGAGAAUUUCUUACUUCAGUCUCUUGGACCAGCUGUAUGACAAAGUAUAUGUUCUAUUCUUUGUUAGAUGGUUAAGACUGAUCAGGAUGAGAACUGUAAAAUAA